CCUGUUUUGACCGUGAGAGUGAACAAAAUUGAUUUCUUUCCCGGUCACUCCAAAAACCGCUACCCAAGUCUGCUCUUCAUCUCGCCACUGCAGGAAACAACACCACCUCGAACAGAGGCCUGUGGGAUAGCCCGGCCGUGUCGGAUCUCUAUAGGAUGCAAAAAUGGAUGACUUCAAGCGCCCUCCCUUCUUCAGCUAUCCUCCUUAUUUCACCUUACAGCCUGUAAGGGAAACAAGGGAGAAACAGGCACAGCUAUGGAAGGAAUUGAUAAUGGAUUACUGUAAGAAACAAAAAAUCUAUGUAAUAGGACUUGAAGAGGACUUUCCAUUGUUCAGUAAUCCUGCAAUUGAGAGAUCUCUUAGUUAUGAAGCAAGGGAAUCAUUUCUAUCAGCUUUGGUUUUAGAUGGCCGUGCAGAAUGGAUAGAUAAAGGCCACAGGAAAUGCCUUAUCCUUUGGCAUAGAAUCCAAGAUUGGGCCGAUUUAAUAUUGCACUUCGUCAAGGAAAAUGGUUUGGAGGACACUGUGACGACAGUUGAAGAAAUACGUACUGGGACCGAAUCCAGGGGAACAGAGCUUCAUGGGCUGGACCGAACAGUUCUUAUGCGAGCAUUGAAGUUGCUAGAGAACAAGGGAAGGCUUGCAAUAUUCAAGGGAACUUCUGCGGACGAUGAGGGCGUCAAAUUUUCAUCAUGACAAAUCUCCUUCCACUUCAUACUGUCUAUUCUACAUUGGUCGUUCGCUUUAUUUUGGGUAUUUUGGUGCGAUUGAGGAAAAACAAAUUACUAUCCCUUUGGAAGCAGUAUUAUUUGCCUCUUUUUCGUAAGCUACUCAAUCAAAGAUUUACUCAUCUGGUUGAAUACAUGGUAUAUAAAUUCUACUUGAAUAAAUUUACAUGGCUUUAAAUUUGAGUAUUUUAAAUGAUUGAGAAUUUAAACUUGGCCUUGAAUAUGAGUACGUAACCCCAUUGUUGCGCAC